GGUCAUGUCCGGUUUGCAACAAAAGAAGCCUGUGAUAAAGUUGUGGAAACGUUUUCAACAACAAAUGGUUCCAUGGAAAAUAUCAAAAUUGAAAAGUUGACAGGUUGGUAGCCUUUUUCCGAGAUUUUUCCGGAUUUAGAUCCUUGAUUUUACUGAAAAAGUCCUCGAAAGUCCUUGAAUUUCAGUCUACCUGGCUUUCACCUCUGUAACUCAUAACUAUUUUUACAAAACACUAUACCAUCAGGGCAAGUAAAAAAGUAAGGGACCGGUCAUAAAGUAACUGCCAGGGUGGGCUGGAGUGAUUUGGGAUGGGCAUGGAAAAUCUUUGGGCAGUUUUGAUGGGCCGUCAAUUUUUUUGCAUGUCCACUGUUGGGUCACCAAACAAAAACCCAUGCAUGUCUACUUCAAGAAAUAUUAAUAGUAAAAGUAAGCAAAACUAUCCAAAUUAUCAAAUCCAAAUGAUGCUAUUGAAGCCAGUCCUUUGUUUAUACAACAACAACAACAACAACAACAACAACAACAACAACAAGUGGUCGAAUCACAGCAAAUAUACAAUCGACUGGAAAGCAGCUCAGUAUCAAUGUGUUGGUCAAGCUUGGUGGAAUUAUGUAUGUCAAUACAGUGCCAUGUAUAUUUACAAUGUUCAUACCUGCAAGUUUUUUUUAUUAUAAAAGUGUAUUUUCCAAAUUUAGAAUGGGUGGGUCAUGAAAAAUUUUUUGUAAGAUGGGCUUUGAAAUUUUUAUCUACACCCUAAGAUGGGUCACCGAAUUUAUUGGCAAAAUUUGUGAUUUACCUCCAGCCCACCCUAGCAGUUACUUUAUGACCAGUCCCUAAAAAGAAUAAAAAAAAACUCAUGUGGAAAGAGUAAAAAUCAACGCUCUGCCGAAAGUCGUGGGUUUUCCCCGGGUACUCCGGUUUCCUCCCACAGGGAAAGUUGACAGGCUGGGUUAGGUAAAAGGGCCCACAGUAAUUGGCAUAUGCUGUUGUGGUGACCCUGCCCUAGUUGGCAAAGCUAAAUAAAUAAAUAAAAGUUGGACAUGAAAAUUGGUUGCCCGAAAUAAAAUUCACUUGCCAUCUGGUCUAGUUUAGCCCUCACGUAUAUUAACAAAAUUUGAAGCAAAUGAUUGCAGAAAGAGUUUUUUGAAUCACCAUUCUAAUCUUAUAUUUUCCUUUACAAAUUCAAUUGAAGACUUAAACAUGAAGUAUUGAUUUAAGCUGCAGAUUUAUAACAGAGUGCAUAACAUAAAUAUGCAAGCAAACAAUUUAGUGUGGAAAGCAGUUUCUGACAAAACUUGCCCGAUCGGGCCAGCAAGAAUCAACUUCUACUGUACUUGUCCGAAAUAAUUUUUUUCUUGCCACUUAAAGUUACACCAGUGUUACCCAGGUUUUUACUUUAUCUUGCAGUAACGCCUGUAUUCUAAAAGCUCACACUCAAAGAGUGGAGGUUCAAUCUGAGCUUUUCUUGAGUGUCAAUGCUGUUUAUGACUAGCUGGUGGGUGAGUAGUCACAUAGUAAGGUACGACACUAGCCCUUCAGCUAUUCAAAAACAGCACUGACACUCGAGAGAAGCUCAGAUUGAACUUCUACUCAUUGAGUGUGAGUGAGCUUUUAGAAUACGGGCGUAAGACUUGAUCGAUAAUGGGUGGCCCUUAGGGAAAACAGCUUAGAGCUAUUGAGUGUAGAGAGUUUAAAGUGAGACUAACCACAAAUACAAUUUUUGGAAUGUGUAAUAUUUGGGUCAUCCGAAGACGAAAUGUAAUAUAUCUUUAUAACAAAGUCAAAGUUUGUAUCUUUAUGUCAAAGUUUGUAUCUUUAUGUCAAAGUUUCCGGAUAUGAUGUCAUUAGGUGAAUUGCAAAAUAGUUUUCCUUUGUUUUUUUGUAUCAAAAAUUCACCUAAUGACAUCAUAUCUGGAAACUUUGAGAGUGAAAAAGUUGAUCAAGAUGAGGUUUUUUACUAUAGAGAGAUAUUACAUUUCUUCUCAGAAUGACCCAAAUAUUACACGUACCAAAAAUUAUAGUUGGGGUUAGUCACACUUUAUAUUUAAGUCAUUUGUUUUCAGAAAAAGAAGACGCGGAUUACUGGGAACGAUUAAAUAGCGAUCGUCUUGAAAGAUUUCAACAAGGAAAGAAACGGAAUAGGAAUAAAAGAGGAAGGCAAAAGGUGGGAGAUUAUUGACCAAGAUUUCAAUUCCUGAAAUAUAUGGUUAGCACUUUUUUCCAUCCAGCAAACCGCCCUAUCGAUUUUCUAAAGUCGUUUCUUUUCGGAUUUUUUUUAUUAAUUCGAUUAGGGUUGAGGUUAGGGUCAGGGGUUAGAGUAGGGUUUGGGUUAGUUACAUAGCCAUUUAACACCUCUUCUAUCUUCCGAAAAUGACGUCAGGUCAGUUUGCUGGAUGGAAAAUAGUGCUAACCGAAAUAUAUCCAUUAUAUGAGGUUGCCAGAUUUUAAUUCCCAGUAUAGAGUCAAACUAGAAUGCUUCUCCCACCUCAGACGCAUGGGAGGAAAAGGAUUCCAGCUUCACCCUACCAAACACAAACGGUUGUCCUUACGUGUCCUUAAAUGGAUGGUUCCAGCUAUAGAUGGAAUUUUGAUCUAGACAAGAAUUUUGAUCUAUCCAUUAUCAUAUAGCUGGAAAGAGCAUGUUAAAAUGAGUAACAUUGCAAAGUUUGCUUGCGAAUUGUUGUAAAUAAGGACAAUAUAUACCCAUGAAGUUCGCAAAUUUUGUAUAUAUUUGCAUUACGCGCGGGAAAAAUAACCAUACAUACAAAGUUGCGAACUUCACAGGGCUAGAUUUUUCUUCAUUUUACAACAUUUAGCAACCACUCUUUGCAGUUUUACCCAUUCUAAGACGCUCUUUCUAGCUGUGGUGUUGGAUUUCGUUCGUCUUGUCUUGAUCAAAAUUUAGUCUGUACAUAGCUGGGAUCACCCAUUUUUCUUUCUUUCAAAAACUUUAGAUUACGAAGAAAAUGGACGAACGAAAUGCAAGGAAACGAGAUCAUAUUCAUUUUGAGAACUGA